AGUACACAUUUGUGAAGGCAGUCAACGAAUCUCUUGAUUUCUACCAAACGACUGGAAACACAAAAAUGAAAAACAAAAGUUCGCAAAAUAAUGAGGAAAACGAUGGCAGCGGUUGUCUUAAAGCGAUUCCCAUGCGAUUUGUGUUCGUAUUCAUGGGAUUCAUUGGCUUUAACUUAGUUUACAGCUUCAAAGUAGUGCUGAGUGUAGCCAUCGUAGCGAUGGUGAGGGGCACCAACACCUCGUCCGAUAAGAGCCAUGAGUGUCGUGUAUCUGAAUUUAGCAACACAACGUCCACUACAGGAGAAUUUGAUUGGACUGACAGUCAAAAAGCAUCUCUUUUGGGCGCAUUCUUCUACGGCUAUGUCUUAACACAACUACCGGGCGGACAGUUGGCCGAGAAGUUUGGGGCCAAAUGGAUAUUUGGGUCGAGUGUACUCAUAACAGCCAUCCUAUCGCUGAUCAGUCCCGUGGCCGCCAAAUGGAGUUAUAGCGCAUACUUUGCCGUCAGAGUGGGUCAGGGAUUGGCCGAAGGGGUGGUGUUUCCCGUAAUGAACGCAUUGCUCGCCAAAUGGUUGCCCAAAAUGGAGCGAAGUCUGGGCUCAACCAUUGUAUUCACGGGCGCACAGAUCGGAACCGUCAUCACAAUGCCUUUGGCGGGAGUCAUGUGCGACGGAACCUUUCUGGGCGGCUGGCCCUCUAUCUUCUACCUCUUAGGGGUUGUCGGUUGCGUUUGGUUUAUAUUUUGGGCUCUCAUUGUCUAUGAGAGUCCCGACAGACAUCCCUAUAUAUCUACCAAAGAGUUAAACUUCAUUAGGAAGGGACAGGGAGCGGAAGUUGUCAAAGAGAGAGCGCCGACGCCGUGGAAGAAAAUCUGGACAUCAGUGCCGAUGUGGGCGCUAAUCAUCACUCAUUUCGGUCAGAACUGGGGGUUUCUCACAGUAUUGACUCUAUUGCCCACAUAUUUCGAGAAAAUAUUAUUACUUGACAUUCAAAAAAACGGCUUGUAUUCGAGUCUUCCGUGGCUUUUAUGUGCUCUCAUGAGUUGGGUCGUCGGCACUAUCAGUGAUAAAGUGCGGGCAAAGGGACGCAUACCUAUCACAGUGAUUAGGAAAUUCUGUAAUGGAGUGGGCUUUUUCGGUCCAACUAUUUGUAUAAUUGCUGUAGUCUUUACCAAAUGUAACGAGAAUGCGAGUAUCGGUUUGUUUAUCUUAGCCAUGGGUUUGAAUGGAUUUAUAUUUUCGGGAUUCAUGUGUACACACGUUGACAUGGCACCCGAUUACGCGGGCACUCUCAUGGGCAUAACUAAUAGUCUGGGUAACAUACCAGGGUUCCUCGCCCCGAUCGUGGCCAACGCUUUUACUACAAAUAAUAAUACACUGCAGGGCUGGUCGUAUGUGUUUUACUUGACGGCUGCUAUCUAUGCAUUCACUUCAUUGGUGUACAUAAUCUUCGCGUCCGCACAGAACCAGAAGUGGACAGAAAGUCCUGAUAAUGACUACAUCGGUGGUGAUAAUCUUAAGGAGCGUUCAAAUGGUUUACAUCAUACCGGAGCCAAAGAUAAUAAUUCGUUUGUUACGGAUUAGCAAACCUUUUACUAUG